AUGUUGAUGGCUUUAGCCGUUACUCUCUCUGCAACACUAGUCGAAGAUGAACUAUUUUCCAACAAGGAAACCAAGGCUGCAAAUGAUCACGAAACCUUUGAUGAUGAUCUUCCAUUGGAUGCCAAAAGCCAAGGGAAAACCUCUUUGAGGGGAACAAGCAGCGUCUUCCUUGGUUCUAGGGAAGUGACGACAUCAUCAUGCGACAAAAACCCUAAGGUUUGUAGAGCCGCCGCAAACAGCCCAAAAUCACAUUGCUGCCACAACAAGUGUGUGGACGUGAAGACGGACAGACUCAACUGCGGGAAAUGUGGGGUGAAAUGCAAGCACGCAGAGAUAUGCUGCAACGGUCAUGUUGUGCACACAAUGUCCGACAAGAAACACUGCGGGAGCUGCGACAACCAUUGCAAGAGAGGUGGUUCUUGUGCGUUUGGGAUGUGCAGCUAUGCUUAG